CAAAUCGUAUACGCAACGCAUAUUUUCAUGUAAAACUGUCAAAUUUAUGUAUAGUUUUGAUAAUGGCGCUUUGUUAUAAAAUUUACUUUAAUUCAAGUAUUUUACAUUUAAUCAUUUGGUUUUUCAUGGUUUGGCCAAUAAGAAUCAGCAAUGCAUUUAGGAUCCCGGAAAUUGGUGAAUAUAAAAGUCAAGUUGGGUUAGCAUUAACCGAGAUCAGCCCUAGAAGGAGUAUGGUUUACUGUGGUGGAACAUUAGUAACCCUGCUGCAUGUGGUAGUAACUCCACAAUGCUUCUUGAAUACCCGAUUUGUAUGUGAAAUUAUUGGCCAAAAAGUGUACGCGGGGAUGAAUAAUUAUCUGGACCCCGACUUGAAGUACUUACAAAUUAGACAUGUAUCAACUGUUAUUAGGCAUCCUCGAUCUACAGAUUCUGAUCAAAUAUUGAAUGCACUGAUGGUCUUGACACUGAAUUCAUCUUUUAUACAAACAUGUGCAGUUCGAUCCGCCAUGAUGGCUUCAGUGAAUCCACCUAUGAAAACUAGAUGCUCUCUGUUGUUCUGGCGAGAUUUAAGGCAACAUAUGGAAAGACCUUGGGCUCCGAUUGUCUUAAAAAAAUAUGUUUCCGAAUGCACAGGAAAAUAUUCUAAGGAGAAACCUGGAGUGUUAUGUUUUAAAAAUGUUGUUGCUGGUGAACAACUAACGGAUAUAGAUUUGGAUGACGUUUAUGCAACUGUCCUGUGUAAUUUUAAGUUUAGUGGUGUUUUAGUGCGCCCCAAGUUGAAAGAUUUAACCGUAGGAAGCGAAAGAGUAUAUGAAGUUACUGCUGAAAGUGUUGCAUAUCACAGCGAUUGGAUUAAUGAUGUUAUUGGAAGGAAACGGUUUCAUCACGCGAGUUCAAUUGGACGCCUUGGACAAAAUAUUUCGAUUGUAAUUAUAGUUGUUUUAUUCCAAAUAUUAUAUAGUAUGUUUAAUUUAUAAUGUAUUUAUUGAAUUUAAUAAAAUAAACUGUUUAUUAUUGUAA